AUCUGGAGCUGCACAUCUGGAGCUGCACACUGCGGGCUUUCCUCAGGAUCUCUCUCACAGCACCGAGCGCACGCAGGUAUGCUCUGUGACACACACCGCAGCAAAAGCAGCAGCAGCAGCGCUACCAUGAGAGGGAGUGUGUGUUUGGCCGUGGUGCUCCUCAGCUUCAUGUGCCACCUGAGCCUCUCUCAGGCCACCACCGCGACCCCGAACGAAGCAGAGCUGAACGACAACAUCACAGUUUUUACUCGAAUCCUAGAUGGACUGCUGGAUGGAUACGACAACAGACUCCGCCCAGGUCUGGGAGAAAAGGUGACCGAGAUCAAGACCAACAUCUUCGUCACCAGUUUUGGACCAGUGUCUGAUACUGAGAUGGAAUACACAAUCGAUGUGUUUUUCCGGCAAAGUUGGAAGGAUGAGCGCUUGCGCUUCCAAGGGCCCAUGGGGAUGCUGCCUCUUAAUAACCUGCUGGCCAGCAACAUCUGGACUCCUGACACCUUCUUCCUUAAUGGCAAGAAAUCUAUCGCGCACAACAUGACCACGCCGAACAAGCUGCUGAGGCUGCAGGAUGACGGCACGCUGCUCUACACCAUGAGACUGACCAUCUCAGCGGAGUGUCCCAUGCAGCUUGAGGAUUUCCCCAUGGACGCUCACGCCUGUCCUCUCAAGUUCGGGAGCUAUGCCUACCCGAUCUCAGAGGUAGUCUACAAAUGGACCCAAGGCCCAGCCAAAUCUGUGGUGGUGGCGGAGGAUGGGUCACGACUUAACCAGUACCACCUGAUCGGCCAGACAGCCGGGACUGAGGACAUCAGCACCAGCAGAGGCCUCUACACAGUGAUGAUGGCUCACUUCUACCUGAAGAGAAAGAUUGGAUACUUCGUCAUCCAGACCUACAUGCCGUGCUUUAUGACCGUUAUUCUGUCGCAGGUUUCCUUCUGGCUGAACCGGGAGUCUGUCCCUGCGAGGACCGUGUUUGGCGUGACCACAGUGCUAACCAUGACCACGCUGAGCAUCAGUGCCCGAAACUCUCUGCCCAAAGUGGCCUACGCUACAGCUAUGGACUGGUUCAUCGCCGUGUGCUACGCCUUCGUCUUCUCCGCCCUCAUCGAGUUCGCUACCGUCAACUACUUUACCAAACGCAGCUGGGCCUGGGACGGCAAGAAGGCCAUGGAGGCUCAACAGCCCAAAAAAAAAGACCCGUUGGCGCUAUCCAAGAAACCCAACAACACGUGCUCCACUGGCAUGAACUUCACGGCCAACAUCACUAAAGACUCCGCCAUCGCCACCAUCUCCAACAGCACCACCGUGCAGAUGAAGAGCUCUGAGACCAAGGCCACACCGGACCCCAAGAAAACCUACAACAGCGUCAGCAAAAUCGACAAGAUGUCCCGGAUAGUGUUCCCCGUCCUCUUCGGUACCUUCAACCUGGUCUACUGGGCCACGUACCUCAACAGGGAACCGGUGAUUAAAGGAGCAGUUUCACCUACAUAGAAAGUUCUUGCAUCAGUCUCCUUUCUUCUUUUUUAUCCCUUUUUCUUGCCAUCCUUAAUAAACUGGAACAAAAACACCCAACGUCCACCAUCUUGUUAUCAGUACUGGAUUAUUAUCACAUCUCUUCUGCACUUCUCCCCUGUAAUUAGUUUUCAUUUUGUUCUCAGAGAUUGCAUGAUCAGUCCAAAGCUCUGCAGGAACACCAUCAUAUUGCCAUGUCUGCCUUGACUUUCUACUGUAUAUACUUUUCGAUUAGGAUUUCAGAGAAGCUUGUUGCGUUCUUCGAGCAAGGGUUUCAGUCAUGACAGAUCAGUGUACGACUAUUCAAAAUGAAGAAAUAAUUUGCAUUUGGCAUCUACAUCAGUUUAUUGGUUUAGCACAGUGCCUCGCAUAAGUAUUCACCCCUCAAGAUUUUCUUUUUUUUUUUUGCAGUUUAUAGUGGUAUAACAUGGAACUGAAGUUUACCUAACCUGCCGUUUAGGGGUACUAAUAUCAUACUAAUUGGUAACAAAAUAAAGUAAAUAAAAAAACAGGUGUUGAGCCAGAAUAUGGGAAAGUGUAAUUAUGCUAAUUACGGUUAUGACCUCAUAGCAGGCAGGAAAUGUGAACUCUGUCUUCAAUAGACUAGACUUAUGGACAAAACUAAAAAAAGUAAAAAGAAAGGAUUUUUUUCCCAUCAUAUUUUUCUCUACGCAGACACAUUCUAAAGAACCAAGUGAACGUCUGGAGAAUUUUUUUUUUUUUUUUUGCAUAAUAGGUCCCCUUUAAUUUAAAGCUAUGCGUCUUAAAACAAGCACAUUUGUUGAUUUCUUAAGUGUUCUUAAUCAGACACGGACUCUCAUUCAGGCGUAGGUCUCAGCUCUGAGCUUUGGUUUACUGAGCAUUGUUUUUCUUUUACAAGGUAAAGUUCCACCCCAAGUAUCAUGUCUCUUUUGAAUUAGAACAGGUGAUGUUUUAGGAUCGCCCUGUGUCCUGCUACAAAGGACUGUCCUGUCGUCAGCUCUGACCAGUGUCAAAGUCCCUGAUGAUGAACAGCCUCAUGAGGACACAAUGCUUCCACCAUCGUGCUUCACAAAUGUGUCAAGGCCAAAAUCUUCAAUUCUUACCAUUACCAGAUCACAGAGAUGUGGGGAUUUAAUCCAAAGAGGAUUUCAUACAUAUGACCACUCUUCCAUUAUGUCCAGGUUGUGGUUGUCCUAUGAACUGGUUCUCCUGUCUCAGCUCAGGAUCUCUGCAGCUUUUUGGCCUCUGGGUUGCUUCAUUGACAAAGAAAUGUCACCACACAGGAUGUUAAACAAAUACGGUGUAUACAUAUUAAUAAUUUUCCAGAACAUUGUUUCUUGGUUUCAAUAAUUCUGUUUAGUUGAACUUAUAAGACUUUGGUUUCUUCAAGGAAGAGAUGGAUUUAGACACUUUAAUUGUCAGCUUAAUUCAAAUAACUGGCACUUCUGACUUUAUGGAUUGACAGAUACUGGGUUUUGGCUUGAGACUUUGGGUUGUUGAGACUUUGGGUUGCUGAUCACAUGGUCAGGGGUUAGAGCCCCAUCACUGUCAGGCCUCCACUGUUGGGUUCUUGGGCAAGACUCUUCACCCUAUGCUCUGUUUCACCCACAUACUGCAGGCAGUGCUGAUCCCAUGCCUGGUUAGAGAAUGGUAGAGAAUGGAAGGCCUGCAAUGUUGCAAUCUGGUGUAAAACCUGUGCCAGAUCUUGCAUGUCAAUGGAUCUGAUGGUGACCCCUGGGAUAAAAGGGGAAAUAACAAAAGGGAUAUUGGGGGUUGGGGACAAUUUGCUGAUUUCACUUCCGUUCCAAUGUUAUUGUGUAGCGUCAUGAAUGUCAAUUUAUUUCCUGCCAGUUCCGUGUUUGAGUUCUGCAACAUGAAAGAGGAGGUGAAUACUUAUGCCAUCACUGUCUAUGUACAUUAUCACAAAGUCGGCAAUGCCAAAUGCUAUGCAAAAAGAAUUUUCUAUUCUAUUGGUAUUGCAAUGCUUGUCUUAAAAAAAACAAUACUGCUUUUGUAUGAAUGAGCUGGAAGCUUGUGGAGUUUAAGUCGCUUGAGCAUUUCGGAGCUGCGAGUGCCGAGGCGGAGCAGACGAAUAGCCAUGCUAAAAGUGUUGCCUUCUUUUAGAGAGUGCACUUAAAAAAGAAAAAAAAAAGGAAAAAAAAAAGAAAAAUGAUCGCUUUUUAAACCAACUUUUGAGUCUAUUUGUUAUAUAGAGCUUGAAGCCAUUUUGAAGUACCGGGCUGCACCUUUGCAUUGCGCCUUCUAGUGGCAGCUUUUCUAACUUUUGCUCUUUAAUACUCGCAGUAUGUGGAGUAAAGGAGGUCGGGUUGCAGUUAUGACUUUCAAAAAUCACUUGUAUAUAGGCAGCGUGUGCUUCCGCUUUAAUUGUCCUGAGAGAAACAAACGUUGUGCUACUAUGCUAUGCUAAAAGAACGUGCAGCUAAAGAAAAGCAAAAAUGCAUUUCUGCAUUUCUUUCUUCUCACCACAUCCUCUCAUCGGUCCUCUUAGUGUGUAGAGCUCUAAGUGUUCGACAUAAUCUUUUUGACAUUGUAGUGAUACGACUCGCAUAUACAGUAAGCUUAUUUACCGCAGCAGAGAGAAAGAGAGAGAGAGAGAGAGAGAGAAAGAUUGUUGAUACGCUUUAAAAGAAAUGCUUGAAUUCUUUUUUCCUUUGUGCUACCAUGGAAACGAAUCGGCACCAGUUUCCAUCAGAAAAUAGAUGGCAAGGAAUGAAAGGAUUCUUGUUUGUUUGUUUAGAGUAAACUACAUUACAUUGCAUAUUUUGUGACAGACCUUUAAAAGAAAGAAAGAAAGAAAGAAAGAAAGAAAGAAAAAAAAAGAAAAACUGGUUAAUGGUAUGACCGCAAAACCAGAAAAGAGUCUUAAAUAGAAAGCAAAAGUUUGUACCCCUUCCAGGUUAAAAAACAAAUAAAAUUAUACAUAAAAUACAAAUUGCUUAGAAAUUUUAAAACCAAACUUGUGCAUCGUGGAGGAAUAAGAAAAUUCAAAAUGAGACAAUACCUGAAGAACCAAAAAAAGAUGAGAAAAAAAACAAGCAAGCAAUAAAAAAGUAAUAGAUAGAUAGAUAGA